CCACUGUGGUCAAGAGAACGAACGGGAUUGUGACGACGUCGGGAGGGAUUUAAUAGUACCCAUGGCGCAACAACUGAGUCUGUUCUAAUGCACUUGUUCCAGGGCAACAACAACCACAACAAGGCAGGGACAUCGGAUUCUGUUGAGAUAGAGAAGCAUUCUUUUGAGAGCCAGUGUUUCAUUCUCCACACGCAAAAGGAUGGAAUCUUUGACCCAGUCUUUGCGAGAGAUGGCCGAAGGAGCCACAGAUUCCCCGUUUGACAACUUGACUCAGAACUCCACCGCCAAGACAGCUGCGGUCUCGCGAGGGUUGGACCUCGCCAUGGACGUGGUGUUCGGCACCCUGGCUGCCGGGAUCCUGGUCGCCAUGGGCUGUGCUGUUGACAUUGACGUGAUGAUUCAACACAUCAAGCGGCCGUACGGGAUAGCGGUGGGCGUCCUGUCGCAGUUCGUGGUCAUGCCGCUAGUGGCGUUCUUGUUGUGUCUGGCCUUCCAGAUGGAUCCGGCCCGCGCCAUGUCAGUGUUAGUGGUGGGGUGCUGUCCUGGUGGCAGCAUAUCCAACAUCCUGGCCUACCUCGUGGACGGAGACAUGAGCCUCAGUAUCUGCAUGACGACAGCGUCUACAGCGGUGGCCAUGGGCCUGAUGCCGCUGUGUCUAUGGCUGUACAGUAAACCCUGGACCACUCCGAAAAUCGUCAUACCCUACUGGAAGAUAGCCGUGACAUUGGUGCUGAUUAUAGUCCCCGUGGGCCUCGGUGUCCUGCUCAAGUACAAGUCGCCGAAAGGGGCUUGGCUGUUUCUGAAGAUUGGGAGCUUCUUCGGGUUCUUCAUCCUGCUUGCCGGCGCGGUGCUCAGCGGGUUGACCUACAAGAACAUGUGGGUCGGUCCGGCGUCCAUCUUCGUCAUGGCUGUCAUCUUGCCCAUGAUUGGCUACACGUUCGGCUUCCUGCUCGCCUGGCUGUUCCGGAUGGACAUGAAGUGCCGCAAGACGGUCUGCAUCGAAACCGGCAACCAGAAUAUCGGGCUAGCUUUAUCCAUCCUGAAGCUAACAUUCCCCGCAGAGAUCACAGGAGAACUGCUGCUGUUUCCCCUGUUGUACGGCUUCUUUCAGGGCGUAGAGGCCGUCAUCAUCAUUGUGUCGUACCAGUUUUGGAAGAUCAAAUGUAGAAAGCUGGGUGCUGAGGACGAGAAGGAGGAAGAAUCCUCGGACCCAACAACAUUACUGUUACAGAAACUCACCAAACGUAGUCUUUUCGGAAAUUGAUGAGUACUACUAGUAGUAUCUGGCCUCACUGCUAUAUUAUCGUAAGAAAUGCUGCGAUGACAUAGUCCAACGCCACUUCUCAUACCUUUUAUGUCAUAAUUAUCAUCAUCACAAUCAUUCCUCGUUAGUUUUAUGUAUUUAAUUGUAUAGAUAUAAACACUGUUAUGUUUUUAUUGUCAUCACC